GAAAAAGAAUGCUGCACCUAGUUCUGUGAGUUUUGAUGAUAGUUUGCAUAAAUCAGCCGCAACUCAAGCUGAUAUUUUUGGGAGCACAGAUGCAAUUGUGAAAUAUGUAUUAGAGGGUCACGAUCGUGGUGUUAAUUGGGCUACAUUUCAUCCUACCCUUCCUUUAAUUGUGUCAGCUGGUGAUGAUCGUCAGAUCAAGUUAUGGCGCAUGAAUGAUGCCAAGGCUUGGGAAGUCGAUACGUGUCGUGGACAUUUCAAUAAUGUAUCUGCCGCUUUAUUUCAUCCUAGACAAGAAUUAAUAAUUUCUGAUGCUGAAGACAAAACAAUACGCGUUUGGGAUAUGUCAAAACGAACACUUGUUCAAACUUUUAGGCGAGAGCAUGAUAGGUUUUGGGUCUUAACGGCUCAUCCAGAAUUAAAUUUGUUUGCAGCUGGGCAUGAUAAUGGUCUUAUUGUGUUCAAACUGGAAAGAGAACGCCCAGCAUAUGCAGUCCAUCAAAAUAAUCUUUAUUAUAUUAAAGACAAUAAUUCGGACGUUUCAGUUCUCUCAGUUCGAAAAAUUGGAGGACAAUAUAUGCAACCACGAUCUUUAUCAUAUAAUCCAGCUGAACGUGCUGUUAUAGUCACCACGACUGCAGACGGUGGUAGUUUUGAUUUAUUUCAUUUACCAAAAGAAUUUAGCGGUGAACCACGGGAAGCUAGUGACGGUAAACGUGGUCCAGGGAAUUCGGCAAUUUUUAUUGCUAGAAAUCGAUUUGCAGUUCUGGAUAAAACUCGUCAACAAAUUGAGAUUAGAGAUCUUUCUAAUGCCACUACAAAAUCAGUUAAACCUACAGCAACUGUAAACGAGAUAUUUAAUGCUGGUAGCAGCAAUCUUUUGCUUCUUAGCACGCCAACUUCAGUGAUCUUAUAUGAUAUUCAACAACGUCAAGUCGUUUCUGAGAUUAAUACACCACCUGUAAAAUAUGUAGUUUGGUCCUCUGAUCAUAGUCAGGUAGCGCUUUUAAGUAAACAUACUAUAACUAUUGCGAAUAAGACUUUAGAAGAAAGUUGUUUAAUUCAUGAAACGAUUAGAAUUAAGAGUGGUGCAUGGGAUGAUGCUGGUAUAUUUGUAUAUUCCACUCUAAACCACAUUAAAUAUGCGCUUUCGCAGGGUGAUAAUGGAAUAAUUCGUACACUUGAUCAACCUGUUUAUCUCACUAAAGUGAAAGGAAAAAAUGUUCAUUGCCUUGACAGGGACGGUAAAACUCGUGUUAUCAGCAUUGAUCCUACGGAAUAUCGAUUUAAGCUUGCUCUUAUCAAACGUAAUUAUGAUGAAGUACUUCAAAUAAUUCGAAGUUCAAAUCUAGUCGGACAGGCCAUUAUUGCAUACUUACAGAAAAAAGGAUACCCAGAGAUUGCAUUGCAUUUUGUACGUGAUGAUAAAACUCGGUUUGAUCUAGCCAUUGAAUGUGGAAAUAUUGAAGUAGCUUUAGAAACUGCCAAAGCAAUGGACCGUGAAGAUUGUUGGAAUACAUUGGGUGCUGAGGCAUUGCGCCAGGGCAACCAUCAGAUUGUAGAAAUGGCAUAUCAAAGAGUAAAAAAUUUUGAUCGACUUUCAUUUAUAUAUUUGGUUACUGGAAAUUUGGAAAAAUUGAGAAAAAUGUUAAAGAUCGCAGAAUUAAGGAAUGAUCAUAUGUCACGGUUUCAUAACUCACUUUUCUUGGGUGAUGUUGAAGAACGCGUCAGAUUGCUAAAAGAAGUUGGACAGUUGCCACUUGCAUACCUUACCGCGCAAAGUCACGGUCUUGUCGAAGAAGCAGAAGCAAUUUUGACUUCUGCCGGGCUUACUGCUGAUGAUAUUACUGAUUUGCCCACGAAUGGACAAUUAUUGAAACCCCCAACGCCAAUCCUUAAACAUCCUGAUUCUAAUUGGCCGUUGCUAACGGUACAACGUUCAUUCUUUGAUAGUGCAUUUAUAACCACUGAUAGCAAUCCACUUGCUGCACCUCUUUCCUUCGCUGACAACAACGAAGGCCUUGAUGAUGUUGGAGGUGAUUGGGGAGGGGAUGAUGAUCUUGGAUUUAACGGUGUAACUGAGAAAGCGGUUGACGAUCUACGAAUAGAUGGAGAAGCACUUGAAGAAGGGUCAGGAUGGGAUAUUGAUGCAGAUCUUAAUGUUCAACUUAAUAAUGAAAUCUCCCAAGAACUUUCUAAUGGAACGCAUGGAGAAUUCGUUCUACCAACUUCAGGCACUAAUGAAUCUGAGCUUUGGAUACAUAAUUCACCUUUGGCUGCUGACCACGUUGCAGCAGGAUCAUUUGAGACAGCGAUGCAGCUUCUUAAUAGACAAGUUGGAGCUGUUAAUUUCGAGCCCCUAAAAACCCAUUUUUUGAAAACAUUCCAAGCAACGCGUACAUAUUUGUCUUGUAAUGUAUCACUUCCUCCCCUGAAUAUUGUUUCAUCUCAACUUCAGGAAGCUUAUAAGACGACGACACUUGGUAAAUUUCAAGAUGCAACGAUACAAUUCCGUAAUUUACUUCACUCAAUUUUGUUAAUUAGUGUGUCUAAAAAGUCAGAAGUAGAUGAGGUGAAUCAGCUUAUAGAAGUUUGUCGCGAAUAUAUAGUUGGAUUGUCUAUGGAACAAAUGCGUCGUAAAUAUCCAUUGGAUAGUCCAGAAAACACGAAAAGGGCACUUGAAUUGGCGGCGUAUUUUACCCAUUGUCGAUUGCAACCAGCUCAUUUACAACUAAGUUUACGAUCUGCAAUGACAUUGAAUUAUAAGGCCAAGAAUUGUCUAACAGCGUCCAUGUUUGCUAGAAGAUUACUAGAAUUAGCACCUCCACAACAAGUUGCAACACAGGCGCGUCAAAUACAAACAUUAUCUGACAAAACUCCACGGGAUGAAAUUAAUUUAGAUUACGAUCAAUAUAAUCCAUUUGUAGUUUGUGGUAUUUCAUACACACCUAUUUACAAGGGUAGUUCUUCUAUCGAAUGUCCAUAUUGUCAUACAUCAUACUUACCUGAGCAUCAAG